AUGAGGCCAAAGACUUUUCCUGCUACCACUUACUCUGGGAACAGCAGACAAAGGUUGCAGGAGAUCCGGGAAGGUUUGAAGCAACCUACCAAAUCUUCCAGCCAGGGAUUGCCCAUUGGACCAGGAGGCGAAACUUCUCUGGACCCUAAAAUUGCAGUAGGGAAAGAUGCAGCCAGGCAGCAGCAAAUGAGACCAGUUGCCAAGUUUGGGCCUUACCAGAAAGCACUGCGAGAAAUCAGAUAUUCUUUGCUGCCCUUUGCUAAUGAGUUGGGCACCACUUCUGCAACGGUUGAAGUUAAUAGGCAGAUGCUCCAGGAACUGGUGAAUGCAGGGUGUGAUCAGGUAAGCAUUAUAUUAGAGCAAGCUGUAUUAAUCGGAUAGUGAUAUUGGUGGAAAUACAGGCAUACAAGAACCAAGUUAAACACUCCCCCUCAUUAUGGUCCAUGGGGUUGAGCAUUGUGGUUCUGUUUACCACAUGCUGAUGUGCUUUGCCACAGCAUUCACUCUGCCACGCUGAGUUGGGGAUUGAAAGAGAAUGGUUGACAGAAUGAGCUGAAAUACAGUCAUACCUCGGGUUGAAGUAGCUUUGGGAUGAGUAUUUUCGGGUUGCAUGCUGCGGCGACCCGGAAGUAACGGAGCGCGUUACUUCUGGGUUUCGCUGCUCGCACAUACAGUGAAAAUGACGUCACGCACAUGCGGCGAAUUGCGACAUGCGAACGCGGGUUGCGUUCACUUCAGGAUGCGAACGGAACUCCGGAACGGAUCCCUUUCGCAUCCACAGGUACCACUGUACUUUGCAUUCUUGUUCCAUAGGCUGCCCAUAAUUUUGCUUAAAAAAAAUGCAACAUGCUUAAGUGAUGAUGUGAUUUAUUUGUUUAUUUUUAAUGUAACAGAAGAAUCUCCAGUGGGGUUUGCCACUGUAGAUUCAAAACCAGGGUGGAAUCUACACACACAUUAAAAGCACACAGUGAAAAUGCUUUUUUAAAAAAUCAUUUUGAAAAAUACAUUGAAUUUUGCAUAGCUCGCUUUCACCAUCUAGUGCCACAUUUGUAUAUUGCACUUCACAACACAUUUAAAACGUUUUAUUUGCAUCUGUGUAGAUGAGUCCCAGGACUCGCUGGGGCUUGUCUACACUGGAGUUUGCUGUGUGUUUGCAUUCACGUUUAAUUUGCAUAGUCCACAUGAUGUUACCUUCAAACAACACCAAUCUCCCGCUGUAAAUUUGGGUUUACCUGAUACAGGUAUAAUCUGAAUGUUUAGGGAGAUUAGGCAUGAAACUGUUCCACUUGGGGGUCACAGACGAUUUGUUGCAUUGUUUUGGGAGUGGAUCAGUUGUCACUUUCUGCUGUUCCCUUUGCACGCUCACUGCUUCCUCUAUGCUUUCAUUUCCGGUUAUGUUCAUAACAAUUUACAGCACGCUCCUUAAAGGAGGAAUGUAGAUUUGCACCCAACCAGAAAACUGCCAAGGUGUGUGCUGAGAAUUUAAAACAAUUCCCUGACUGUGCACUCUUGCACACUUCCUGGGCAGGGAAAUCUUUUUAAAAACAAGGUGUGCUCACACAUCUCUCUGCCCACAUGCCCUGCUAGUACUUAAUCGGCAUCACAGAAUCAACAAAUUAGAAGGCGGGGCAAACACAAAAGGGAACCCCUACUGGGAUGAAUGGGGAAAGAUCGAAGCAGCUCCUCAUACACAUCCAAUUACGUGUGGGUGUGGACUGCUACAGUCUAAUUUGAAUAUGGGGGGGAGUGGAUUGACAGCUCAACAAUACUCCAAUGUGGACAAGCCCCAGGAUGCAGCCCCUGGACAUAUUUAAUGGCACGUUUCCUCACCGGAACAUACAAAGUAAAAAGUAUAGAGUGCCUUUCUCUUUUUCUCUCCUUAAAUAAUGGUAACCAACUCAUAUGCAGCUGGUACUAAGCGUCCUUUCUGUGUCAGGGGUAUAACUUCUAGAGCAGGAGUCGGCAAGGCUUACUGGGCAUGGGCUGGAUCACUCCCACAGAGAUCCUCUGUGGGGCGGGCUGGUGCAGUGCGGCGCCAGAAAUCGUUUUUGCACAUGCCCAGAUGCCGAAAAUCGUGUUUUUUGGUGUCUGGGCAUGCGCAGAAGCGAUUUCCAGAGCCGCAGAAGAGAGUCCCUGCGCUGGGCGGGGGACUCGUUGAGCGGGUAGCUCGGUUCGUGGGCGGCUUGUGGGCCAGUUAAACGGUCUCCGUGGGCUGCUUCCGGCCCACGGGCCUCAGGUUGCUGACCCCUGUUCUAGAGACUCCCAAGCCCUGACAGCUCUGGUUUCGGAAUUUAAGCAUCGGUUAAAAGGAAUUUCUUACUCUGUUUUACUUCUGUUCUGAGCUGCACUGCCUGUAAGGCAAAAAUGGUGCCACUGAGUAUCAAGACUGAAGAAACUACAGAGCGGCCUGUGAGUGGAUGCCCCUGGCAGCUCAUUCUAUUUCUAGACAUUCCCCUAUUUCCUGCCUCUUGUGUCCAAGAAAGCCAAAGGCUGUAAGACGUUGCACAGUGGUCGUGUAAAUUGAACUCACCAUUUUUCUAGAAACCCAUGGGGGCCCGAAAUGAGCUUUAAAAUAGAAUAAUGUUUGUAUCAAAUGAAACAUCACCAGCUUGGUUUUUAAAUGGCGUUUUAUAUUCUGACGUUGUGCACCGCCCUGUUAUUUUGUGAUACGCUGGUAUGGAAAUAGUUUUACGGAUAAAAAUAAAUAAAUGCCAAGUGCUGUGGCGACUGAAGAAGUAUUGAGCAGUGAGGCAUGGCUUUGUCCUUUGGGGCAUAAGUACUAGACCAGCAGGGGGCACUGUCUAUCACCAAGAGAGUCUAGGUUCUGCUUUAAAUGCUCCAAAGAAGCUGCAGACAGGCACAGGUUUCCCAUAAAUGUGCCUAUACAGUGGUACCUCGGGAUGCGAACGGGAUCCGUUCCGGAGCCCCGUUCGCAUCCCGAAUGGAACGCAAGACGCGACGGCGCGUGCGUGGGUCACGUUUCAGCGCUUCUGCGCAUGCGCGUGACGUCACUUCCGGGUUGACACGGAGCGCAACCCGAAUUUGCCUAACCCGAAGCGUAUUCAUCCCGAGGUAUGACUGUAAAUGUGUUUAUAAAGAGAACUAAAUGUUCUCUGGCUUAAAAAGAUGAAAUAAAACCUUCUUAGCUUUGUCCUUUUUGCUGAAGACCCAUCUCUUUACUGUGACCUUUGACACUUGAGAUAUAUAUUUUAAGCUCCACUAUAUUCUUGUGACUGUAAUUUGCUUUAACUGGCUUUAAUAAUUGUAUUUUUUAAUGGUUGUGAUCUGCCCUUGGGACCUAAUGGUGAAGGGCAAGUAAGAAAUGUAAUAAUAUUAGUAGUUUUGUAACGGACUGUUAACAUGGCUGUGUGCUGCAAUCUGUAAGGAGGAAGUUUUCACAUAACCUAACCAUAGUUCCCUCUUGAGGGAGUUUGAACUGGGGGGGAAACUCUGAUUGGUUUAAACUAUGGUUAGGGCUUUAACGAACCUUAGUUUAUGAUUCUGGCUUGUUCACUGGCUAUCAUUUAAAUCAACAACUAACACGACACACCACUUUUGGUUUAAAAGCACAAGUGGGUGAUUUUGAUCUACAUCUGCUGAGGGCUUCUAGAGGUCUCAAAUAUUGCAAAUCAUUGGUGUCUAGAGGUGGCCUUAAGAACAACAGCAACAAAAAUAUGGGCUUUACCUUUCCCCAACAGCUGAAUGUAUAACUUCUUAUUCAUUCAGAGAUGACUAAACCAAAUAGCAUGUGAUAGUAUGAUUUUUUAAAAAAAAGUUCAACAGUUUCAGGAGUUGUAGAACUAGACAGCAAAAAGGCACAGGCUUACUCAGUAUGAAAACAUGAAGCCAGAAUCGCUGCUAGUUGCCCAUCGGCUGGUAAACAAAACUUGCAGGGCCUGAAAGUGCACCUUUCAGACUUCGAGAAAUACUGGUGGCAGGACUGUAGCUGUCCUCCUCGCUGAUCAUUAAUCCACUUGGAAGCACCCCAGGCAAUUAGAUGUGGAAUGUUGCAUGAAGUUGUAGAUAGUAGCUUUUUAAAUAUUUUAAUUGCCCUGAAUAGAUGCAAUUGAGCAUAUGAUUGGAUUUGUUCAUCAACUUGGAGAAGUUUUGGGUUCCAGCUUGCUCUCUCUUUUUCAUUCUUUCUCAGAGCGGAAAUGUUGACAGGGUUGUUGCUUCUGCUACAAAAUGAUAUGCUGAUGUGAAUUGUGGAACAGCUGCAGUGCGGGAAACUGUUUUUCAGCAAUAUGGAUCUGGUUGUGCCUUAAUACAUUUAGCAAAGCUUGGUGUGAAGCGGCAAAAUGUUUGUGAUCUGACGUCUUUCAGCUCAGGGGCUUCCCAAAUUUCGGGGGGUGGGGGUGGGGAGGAGAAGAACCACGUGCACACACAUUGCCAUUUAUACUAAUACCAGGAACUGUGUGAGCUUAAAAUCUGAAUUUUCAUAAGUUAUGCAAAUUAGGCAAAAUAUACUUGGCUAGUCAUGGGGAGUGUUGUGUCAUAGGACUGUCUGGAUGCAGAGGAAUGGUGGAAGGAACCAGCUGGGGAACCUUUCACUGGAAGAAGGCUCAGACAGUGAGUGGUUAGAGGGAGAUGACUGGGAAGAUGUGUCGGAAGCUGAAGAGGUAACAGGACUUAGUGAGUUGAGCUAAGCUAAGAGAUCUCUUGUAGACAGCCCUAUGAGGAUUACGGGGUUGAGUGGUGUGGUGUGUCAGGUUUUAUAAACUGAGAUAUGGUCAGUCUGAGCGUUGUUUUUUGUUUUAAUACCUGUUUUAACUUACACUAUUUUACACCUAGCCCACCUAAAGGUAAAGGGACCCCUGACCAUUAGGUCCAGUCGUGACCGACUCUGGGGUUGCGGUGCUCAUCUCGCUUUAAUGGCCGAGGGAGCUGGUGUACAGCUUCCGGGUCAUGUGGCCAGCAUGACUAAGCUGCUUCUGGCGAACCAGAGCAGCGCAUGGAAACGCCGUUUACCUUCCCACCGGAGCUUUACCUAUUUAUCUACUUGCACUUUGAUGUGCUUUCGAACUGCUAAGUUGGCAGGAGCAGGGACCGAGCAACAGGAGCUCACCCCGUCGCGGGGAUUCGAACCGCCGACCUUCUGAUCGACAAGUCCUAGGCUCUGUGGUUUAACCCACAACGCUGUCCCUACCUAGCCCACCUAGGGAUCGUUUUUUCAAGGGGAGGGUGAGAUUAUAAUUCAUGCAUGUCCCAUCUUUCUCCAUGAAGCUUGAGCCCAGAUAAGGUCCCACUGGAAGGCAAGUUCCCUCCACCUUCAAUAUUCACUAUUUGCUUUUAUCAGCCACACCAUAACGAAUUCUUUUGGCAACGUGCAAAUUAAAACAAAUUCUCCUUCUCUAGCGUCUAGGACUUUACCAGCUGCAGUUGUCAGACUGCUGGAUUCUGGACGUGCUGCUAGAUUCUGUGCUCAGGCCCAACAAAGGGGAGUAGCAUCUCUGCUAAUACCUGAGACUAUUUAUGAUGCCUUUCCAUGACCUGGGAAGUUAAGAGUUAUUUGUGAAUAUUGUAAUGUGCGGGAGAACAUCUACCUGUCCCCUGUGUUGAAGUCAAAGGCUUGGAAUCUUGUCUGUGCAGGCAGCAGUCUUGAUGUCUUGAUUGCAUUCCAACAUCCUUUCAUCUUGCUGGGGUGGAAAACACAUUGAGAAACCAGAGACCGAUAGUGAGAUGAAAAGAGCAAAUGCAACAAAAAGUGUAUUGUGGUCUCUUAAAGAAUAAACAAAUGUAUUGUGGCUUCAGCUUUCAUGGGCCAAGGGCAUCUGACAAAUUCAACUCUAGUCCACAAAAUAUGGUGCCACAAUAAAUUCCUUAGACUUUAAGGGGCUGGGGUGUUGUUUGGGGUUAUUGGGGGGGUGCUGUUGGUUUUUUGUAUCUUUUUUUUAUAUUUAGUUGUCAUCCAUGUGGAAUUGGUUCAGUUUGGUUUUGUAUUUUUAAAACUGUUUUGUUUAUUGUUCAUGACUGCUUUUGCUAUGUUGCAGUUAUGCUCCCCCCCCCCCAUUAUAAGCCAUAAGUGUGGUUUGACCUGUGGAAAGGCAGCUUACAAAUAAAAUAAUGUAUGUGUGUGUGUAUGGGUUGUAAGCCUGCUUUUACAUCUGAAGCAUCAGGCGAACAUACCAGCAAAUCACCUUGUCGUUAAAGCUUGCCAGCCAUGCUUCUGUUUGCUUUCUUGCUUGCCUGUCAUUGCCACCUGUAGCUUGGAGAAAGCUAGCAAAGGUCCUCCAACUGGGAGCCUGAAAUGGGAGAAGGUUGCAUUGGUUGUACAGCCUUAUAGGGCUCUCACCCUAAGGUGGGAUGGAAUGGUUAGGAAGGAGAAGACAGAUGGGUGUUUAGUUUGCUAAUACAGUCAUACCUCGGGUUGAAUAUGUUUCAUGUUGAGCGCAUUCGAGUUGCGCUCUGCGGCAACCCGGAAGUAAUGGAGUGUGUUACUUCUGGGUUUCGCUGCUCGCGCAUGCACAGACGCUCAAAAUGAUGUCAUGCGCAGAAGUGGCGAAAAGCGAUGCGUGUGUGCACAGACAUGCCGUCGCUAGUUACAUUUGCUUCUGGAUGCGAACGGGACCCCGGAACAGAUCCCGUUCGUAUCCAGAGGUACCACUGUAUACUCAUCUGAGCUUUCAGAUGUGAAGAGUUUGCUGAAAAGCUGAAAAAAUACAUCAUGUACUCUUCUUUAUAGCAUGUCUGUCUCUAGGUAGGGUUGGAGGACAAAUUUGAUUCAGCAUGCAUUUAAAGUUGCAUCUAUCAAAUCAGCUUUUCCAAAACAUUAUUUGAACUGAAUCACAGCUCCCCUUUGAAAUUCAUACUUAUCUUCAUUUUAAAUGUAGCUCUACAGCCAGUGUUUGCAAAAAAAGCAUCUAUUAGGGGAAAGUGUACAUAAUAAAGGCAUUAGCAAAAAUAGCAUACAAAAAUGUGCAUUACGGGAAAUUGCUUAAAAUAUGUGUACGUUAGUCAGCACUAAAAUGCUGGUGAGUUUUCAAGGGGGUAAAAUGACAAAUUGCUGCAAAACGUGGAGAACUGGGGAAGAUUGAGAAAUGGAGAGAACCAAAACUGACAGAUCCAUCACCCCACUCCGCCCCAAUCUCCAGCCAAAAAAAAAUCCAACAUUUCUCCAGCAGUCCCUUGUCCUUAACAAAAAUAUAUUUCUGCCCAUUUUAAAGUUGCUUCCAUUAUAACCAAAUGAACUGGCUGAUCACAUCCAUGAGUUGCUUUUUUAAAAAAGAGCUCCAGACAAUUAUGCUGCAGUAUUUUCCCAAACAUAGUGAGCCACACUAUGGCUUGCUUGUGCCACGAGGGAAGGCAUGCUCACAAUGAAACCACGACUAAUGCAAACUAUGGCUUACUGUGACAUGCAAACAAGCCCAGUUUUCUUUUGUUUGUUUUUCUUAAUGCUCUAAUCAGAAUAAUUCAUAUAUUAUAACGGCUUAAUUCUGAGCACAGAGCUUGUGUUUCCUUGGAAUGGAAUUGGGAUUUUUGUGUCUGUGCAGAACAAACAACAACAAAAACCCUUCACCCACUGGACACCGGAUUUUUGUCAUCUGAUUUUGGCUUCAUAAAGGGAGCAGUAAAAAGUCACAAAGGAAUGUGUAGUAUUGUGGGAACAGAGUCUUGCUAGGAAAAGAGGAAACGAUUGCUUCAGCAGGUCAUUGAAAACAUUGAUCGUUUGUUCAUUCCUGCGCUCAAAGUCACUUCUGAGUCCGAAAGGGUUGAGAGAACUACUAAUGCAGCAGGAAGUGGUAUCACAAUAGAAUCAGGGUGUAAUAGUUCCUCUUGGAAGGUUUCUAUGCUUAGUCAAAACCACACUUCUUGAUAGUUUAGACUUGACAGGCCCCCAGGUGGCUCGGGUUAGGGCAGAAAAGUCCCCCUCGCCCCAGUGGAUUGAGACUUCUUUUAAAAAUAUAUCUUUAUUACAGCCAGUUUCUGUAUGUAAUAAAUUUCCAGUGAUCUCCCAUCCAAGGGGCUUGACUAGAUCCAUGCCUGCUUCACUUACUAAGAAUUUGCGUGCACCCAGUUUGACUGCUGGCCAUGUGAGCUGAGAUUUGUAACCAACAUGGGAUGAUUGUGAUCUCAUUUUCUUCCCAUAUCAUCUCACUGACAUGGAAUUAAUUUCACCAGGGAUGACAACUCUCGUUUUAUAAUAAAGACUACCCUCUAUAAAAGGGCCGUGGGUGGCCACAGAUCCUAGGACUUGCCGAUCAGAAGGUCGGCGGUUCGAAUCCCCAUGAUGGGAUGAGCUCCCGUUGCUCGGUCCCUGCUCCUGCCAACCUAGCAGUUAAAACGCACAUCAAAGUGCAAGUAGAUAAAAAGGUACUGCUCCAGCGGGAAGGUAAACAGCGUUUCCGUGCGCUGCUCUGGUUCGCCAGAAGCGGCUUAGUCAUGCUGGCCACAUGGCCCAGAAGCUGUACACUGGCUCCCUCGGCCAAUAAAGCGAGAUGAGCGCCGCAACCCCAGAGUCGGCCACGACUGGACCUAAUGGUCAGGGGUCCUUUUACCUUUACCUUUUAUCCUCUAUAAAAGUUUCUCAGGAGACUUCUCUCCCACCCCCCACCCAUAUAUUUGGCACAUGUUGCUGUUCAUGUAUAAAACCAAAGAAUGGAAAAGUGCCGUAAUAGAAUCUUUGAGAGAUAGCCUUUGCAUGAAUCUCUGUCCAGGGCUAGCGUCGAGGGUAGGUCCACCCCUCCCCAGCAAAGGGUCCACUAAUGGGGGGUCCCCUGGGCCUGCUGCAGUGGGGAGGCAGUUUUACUGGACAACCACCUCUCUUGCAAGGAAAGCAAACUAGAACCACAUUCUUAAAGCUGCUAGUUGUGAAGGUGGUACCCUGCCUGAGCAAUGGCCAUGUGAGGAGAGGACACACCCCUCUCGCUCAACCGAAAGCUCACUGGCCUGCUUCAAACCCCAGCUCAUUAGCCCCCCACCCCUCUUUCUCGCGCCUCUCUACCACCCCUCUUGUUGACUCUGCCACUGCCAGCCUAGCUCGCUCACCUGCUGCCCUGCUUGCUCACCCUGCUGUCUGCCUGUCUCCAAUGGUUUCCUCACACUGGAGCCUGUGCAGUCUGUUGACAGCUUGACGAUGGACUAGUACAAAUAUUGUGUGUGUGUGUGUGUGUGUAAGUGUGUAAGUGUAAAGCAGUAGAGUUGCAUGGCUCAGGAAACAAAUGCAGUCGCCGAAGAGAUAAGCCAGUUUUAACCAAUCUUAAAAAACUACUUUGUUUUCAGCGUUGCAAAAGACAUCCUGCGCCAGAGGACUUCUAAUGCCAGUAAUUUUCAGCAUGUUGUAGGUCAGAGAAGCAUGACACGGUGCUCUGGAAUGCGCAGGCUACGUGCCAGUUUGUAGUGGAGUAUUGCUUCAAAGCAGCGUAUGUAGGAUGUUUCUUGCAGAAAGUUGUGCAUGUUCCCAUAGUUUUCUAGUUCAUUGCCUAGCAGGCGGAUAGUUAUGAACCUAAUCUUUGCUUUAGCUGCUUGAGGCGAAGCACAAAGGAAUUUGGGCAGAGUCCGGGUGUCAUGGGUAAGGUAGAGUAAAUCCUCCUUCAAACAGACAUUGGGUUUUAUUUAUAUUCUGGAAGGUUCCCUUUAAAGGCCUUCCCUCACAUUCUACUGGGAGUGGCCAAGACCACAUAACACUGGUCCUGGAAGACCUACAUUGGCUCCCAGUAUGUUUCCGAGCACAAUUCAGAGUGUUGGUGCUGACCUUUAAAGCCCUAAACGGCCUCGGCCUAGUAUACCUGAAGGAGCGUCUCCACCCCCCUCGUUCUGCCCGGACACUGAGGUCCAGCUCUGAGGGCCUUCUGGCGGUUCCCUCACUGCGAGAAGUGAGGUUACAGGAACCAGGCAGAGGGCCUUCUCAGUAGUGGCGCCCAACCUGUGGAACAUCCUCCCAUCAGAUGUCAAGGAAAUAAACAACUGUCAGAAUUUUAGAAGACAUCUGAAGGCAGCCCUGUUUAGGGAAGUUUUUAAUGUUUUUUUCUGUUUUUAGUGUUCUGUUGGGAGCCGCCCAGAGUAGCUGGGGAAGCCCAGCCAGAUGGGUAUACAUAUAAAUUAUUAUUAUUAUAAAUUAUUAUUGUGUGUGUCCGUGGACUCUAUAUCCUUCAGAGUCCAUGGACACACACACAAUAAUAAUAAUAUAAAUAUUUGAGCUUGGAUGUGGCAGUUCCGAAUUUGGGUGCCUUGCUUUCUCAAUUUUGCAGCUGCUGUCAAAGUUUCUUAUAGUUUAAUUCUUCUGUCUGUAUACUGGGGAAAAUAAUACUCAGUUAACUCAGUGUUGUGAAGCUCACAGGGUGCCCUUGAGCACUAUUCACCAUCUCUCACACUAACCUUUACAGGGUAGUUGCAAGGAAGAAAAGGUGAGGUACGUUAUCAUAGAAUUGUGGAGUUGGAAGGGACCUUAAGGGCCGUCCUGUCCAGUCCCCUGCAAUGCAGGAAUCUCAACUAUAGCAGCCAAGACAGGUGGCCAUCCCACCUCUGCUUAAAAAUCUCCAAGGAAGGAGAGUCUACAACCCCUAGGGCAGUGGUUCUCAACCUGUGGGUCCCUAGAUGAUGUUGGACUACAACUCCCAUCAUCCAUAGGGGUGAUGGGAGUUGUAGUUCAACAACAUCUGGGGACUCACAGGUUGAGAAAGGCUGCCCUAGGGCAUGGGUCGGCAAACUAAGGCCCACGGGCUGGAUCAGGCCCAAUUGCCUUCUAGAUCCAGCCUGGGAAUCGCCACAUGGAUCGCCAACGUGCACGUUCUUUCCCUCUCCCUCACAUGGUGGUGCUUUUCACCUCAGGGACGCAGCAACCUUGUCCCACGCCGGGCGCCGUCAACGGUGGCAGUCGGCUCACCUGCCUGCCCGCCUCAGCAGGGCGGCGCUGUGAAGGGGACAUGUGACACCGGCUUGCUGCUGCAUUUUCCUCCUGCUCCCUCUCCCUCAGUCCACCCUUCUCUGCGCCGCUUCCUCACGCGAUUUCUUCGCCGCCUCCCUCCCUCCCUCCUUCAUUCCUCCCAUGGUGUUCAGGCAGUUUGUUGCAGUAGCUGCAGCCGCCACUUGUGGCUUGGUGGGCAGCUUUGUCUUCUUCUCCGCGGUGCCUCUCAAGAAGCAGCAUUAGCAGGUGGUGGGUAAAAGCUCCGGCGAUACCCUGGUUCCCUUACCUCCGUCCGCGGCUCCUCUGCCAGGGCUGCUGCUUCUGUCUUCACCGGCCAACGCAGCCUCCUACCCUGCCACGGCGCUUGGCUGGCUGGAGAAGCCCAACUGCAGCUAUUGGGACGACAACUGGGACAAGUAUCUUCACGCCUCUUUGCGGAUGGGCGAAAAUCAUUCAUUUUUUCCCCUUCAAAAUAUAGUCCAGCCCCCCACAAGGUUUGAGGGACAGUGGACCGGCCCCCUGCUGAAAAAGUUUGCUGACCCCUGCCCUAGGGAGUCCUUUCCACUGUCAAACAGCUUUUACUGUCAGACCAUAGAUGCUUCCAAGCAUGCCUUCAAGGAAGAUAGGACAUAACAAUACUUCUCAUUUUCAUUUAUUUAAUAGCAGCCCUAGAGACUUAAAGCAGUGUUCAACCAAAUAAUUACGCAAGUGGAAAGACAUCCGUUUGACUCUUCUCUUCCUGCAUAUAGCUUGAACCAUCCCCAGAUCUUCUCCAGAAGGUUGGGGAAGCUACUUGCAUGGCAUGAGACACUAUGGGUUCUUUGGGGGUUAAAGUAUGACUAGGAAGGUCAGUAAAGAAGGUGCUAUCUCCUGAGGAAGAAGGACUUGACUGCUAGUGUUUUAUUCAUGUAACAGUGCUAGAACAGAUCUCGGGGGACUGGUGGAAAGGGAGAAGUCCCAUUGCACAAGGGCAAGUCAUUCCCCUCACACAGGGAGUGAUUUAGUGCUUUGUUGAACGCCACCCUUCAUGUUCACUACAAACAUCUAGCACAAGAAAUAUCUAAAUUAAGGUGGGCAAAAGGCUUGAGUUUAAGGAUGUGACAAAGAUUUUAAUUAAAAAGUACAAAGUGCAAUGGCAUUCAAAAGCUGGAAAGUGCAGAUGGCAGAGGAACAUGCAUGUUUUCAUGGAUAGCUUCCCUUCCUCCACACCAUCUUUUCCUCCUCUUCCAACUUGUGCCAGUGAAAUGCUUUCGCUGUCCAUCUGUAAGGGGCGGGGGGAAAGAGUUUCAAGCUGGCAAAAGAAGCAAAAAAGUUUUAUUUUCAUUUUUUAGUUUAAGUGCAAGUUUUCUGUUUGGAACUGACCAUUUGGAAUUUGGAAUGAUUAAGAACCUCCUGUUCCCAUGUGGAAUGUGUUUGGUGUGGAACACUGCUUAAUAUAUAUAUAUUUGGCAUUUUGACAAUGAGAAAGCCAUUGUUUGUAGUUUAGGUUUCUGCAUCUUUUAACGUUUCCACUGGUAAUGUACUGUGGAAGACCCCGUUCUGCACCUUGAAGAUGAGGAGGCAAAUGUAUGCUUCAGCCUCUGAAAUAAUGAGCAAACAGUGUCCUUGGAUGGUCAAAGGUGCAAAAAAACAGGAGACAAAGGUAUAGAUAGGCACCGUGUUUUAUAUUUAUGUGGUUGUAUUCACUUAACCUUUACUCAGGAGUAGACCCAUUGAAAUUAAUGGGCCUAAGUUAGUCGUGGCCAUUAAUUUCAGUUGGUCUACUCUGAGCCAUGGUUAGCAGAAUUUCACCCAUGGUCUUUGCAGCCAGGUAGUUUGGGCAGACUGCUGGGAGCAUCUAGUGGGUGAUCAAGAAGCCGGUUGUGGAUGGUGUUGUUUCUUUACAGCCAUCGCUUUUUCAGUUGCAGAUCCCUGCAUUGUUAAAACCAAUAUUUUUUAAAGGAGAUUCCUUGAUCUUUUCCUGGCAGACAGGAUAUCAAAGGAUUGCUCAGAUUGUGUACUUACUUGAAGUCGCUUACGUGUUCAGACAGAAGAGGGGAAAUGGAGAAGUUCUGUUCAAAAAGAGACAUAUCCCUGGCAGAACAAAUCUGUGUCACAGUCACUUUUUAGCUGUAAUUUAUGUGCAUGUUUCAUCAGGUGCAUGCCUUAAAUCACCACAGUAAUUUUUAAACUUCACCAUAAGGCAGACAACUGUUCUACGUAGACCACAGUGUUUUCUAGCAUCACAACUACUGUACAUGAGGCCCUUGAAAGCCUUUAACAUUUAAUGCUCUUAUACAAGGUGUGUGCUGUCAGGUGAAGCAGAUGCUACAUGGAAGCCUUUGAUUGAGCCUCUCUGGCAGCUGCAGCCUCCCAAUCACUCAUGUUUUGACUGACACACAUCUCAUUUAAACCUAGCAUUUUUUAAAAAAAAAUGCACUUUUUUAAAAAGUAAAAAGUUUAUAUCCCUCUCCAACAUGACAACGCCCAAAGCAGUUUAUAUUAAAAACAAAUAUCCAAUUAUCUGCAAAGAAAUUUGAAAAUGAAGGAACCGCUCUGGGAUCUUCGGAUGAAGGGCAGUACACAGAUUUAAUAAAUAAAAUAAACCUUCAGGUGCUUUAAACCUGCUUUUCCAUUUAAAAGAAAAUGCCCAAAUCCACAAUCUGAGGCAAGCGUUGAUGCCUCACCUUGCCUUUUAUAGCACAUCGGACUCCAUGCCCAGAAUGGUUGGAUCACUUAACGGUGGUUUUCUGUUGCAAGGAAAACAUACAAACGUCAACAUAAAACAAUGUGAUUUAUCUGGUCAUGGAAUAACCUUGUAGCUAUCAUCAGGUUGUUGGAUCUAUGAGGAGAGAGAAGUAUUCAUGGGUUUGUGCUAGUUCUGCCUGUGAAGAAAAAAACAUGAAAUAUUGAAUGGAAACCACCCCAGAGAGUGGUUCCUGCUUAGGGAAUACAGUGACUUAGAGCUGUGUUUUUGCAUCCACCAACCACACCUGGGCCAGGACUGGAUGCUGUCGUGCAGAGCAGUGUUUUCUCAGACUGGGGGCCAAGACCAAAGAGUGGUCUUGGGUGCCUCAGUGCCUCCUCACCUGCCUGCCCUGCCAUAGCCAUUGGGCUGGACCAGUACCAUCAACUUACUGAGUAAGGUGAGUAAAGAGUGGCCUCCAGGAGACAGAGGAGUUCAUGAGAGGAGGAGGAGAUGCUGAGGGAAAUUAGCAAGUUAAAACAGUAAUUUUUAUCGUCAUUGUUAUCUAUCAUCAUCAUCAUCAUUUUUAAUUUGUAUACCGCCUUUCUAUCUUACAGUACUCAAGGCGGUUUACAAGCUGAAGAAACAAAAAAUGUACAUCUUCUAACAAUCUAAUGCAAUACAAAAAUGUGAUAAUAAAAUAUAACUUUAAAAUAGGCAACCUCCAUCAAAAAAGUAACAUUAAACAAUCAUUAGAAUAGUAUAAAAUAAUAAUAUCAACAUAUAAAAGUUAAACAGAAAUCCACUCAACAGCUACAAUAAUAUCUAAACUAUAAGCAAUAAAACGGCAAGCCACAGUACAUAAAACAAUACAAUACACAUUGAGAAGCAGAGGGUAGAGCAAGGGAGGUGGAAGGAGGCCUUGCCUGAUAGAGUCUCUCCCCUCACCUCAUCUAUCAGUACGUAAACUGGGAAUGGAAAGGAAGGGGAUGGGGAGAGGAAAGCUGCCGUGGAAGGAAGAAGAGAAGGUGAAAGGACCAGGGAGAGGAAGGAUGAAAGAAACAUUAUUUGUAGCAUCUAGUUUGGUCGCAGAAGAACAAAGUAGAUCAAGCUCAAUAGUCAUGCAAUAUGAAUGUAUUCUCCUCUCCCCGCCCCCCCCCGCCCCCCGCUUUCGGAGAUGAAGGACCUGCAGCUGUUCUCUUGAGGUGCUAGCCUUCUCGUGCAACCUUAUUCUUGGUCAGCUGUAGACACACAAGAACUUCAGUAAUAUUGCUGCAGCUGCUUUAUGCGAAAACGCCUGACCUCUUGGACAUUUUAUUCUGCUGAUGGUUUUGCCUCCAGCAGUCGCCCAGCUAUUCAAAAAUUGUACCCUACGGUUUCGGAAAGCAGAGCAAAUUGACAGUGUCUUAAUUAACAAUCCUCCUUUGUAAUGGACUUCUGUGCUGAUAUAAGAGUCUGAAUUCCAAGUGGAGCUUGCAGCUGUUCCGACUCUACGAUGAGAACAAAUUCAAUAAAAGAAUUAGCUCUUGUCGCCCGUUUCUUUUGUGCUAGAAUGUUCCCUCAUAUUUCUGCCAUUUGCCGUGUCCUCCAUAUUGCAUCUUGCCUUCUGCAGUCUAGCCCCCCCCCCCCCCCGCAACUCACUGUAGCAUCUCAUGGUGGUUUCAUCAGACAGACUGAACAGGAUCAAGUGUGAUCUUUUGGAGGGCAGAGUCUGUUUCUGAAGUGGCUGCACAGUGGAGUUACUUGAUUCAAACAAGGUUCUCACAGGCACAUUGGCAAAAUAUGUAAGAGUACGUGUUUGUCUUGCACCAGUGUUUCAUGUUGUCUGUUGAUUCCUUUUCCAUUUGGCUCUUGUUCAGGUUUCAAAUUCCUUAUCGCAUUUGUAGCUCUCCUUGCUCCAAAGGAGGAUUUGAACCCACAUCUCCACAUCAAGUUCCACUCCUGUAAAAGCUACCUUUUUUCUUUUUGUGUUUCUUAUAUAUUGUAAUCACACUGGCUCUUAUACUUCAUUUCUAUUCAGCAUUUGCUUUAGGUAUGUGCUGCUGCUUUUCAGCAUUUUGGGCUUGCUCUCUUCUCUUUUUCUGCUCUCUUCUCUUUCUGCAUUAUGCAUUUUGUGUUUUUAUCUUGUAUUUUUAUGCUGUGAACUGCGCUGAGAUCUUCGGAUGAAGGGCGGUUCGCAGAUUUAAUAAAUUAAAUUAAAUAAACCUUCGGGUGCUUUAAACCUGCUUUUCCAUUUAAAAGAAAAUGCCCAAAGCGGCAUACCAAAAUUAAAAACACAACACAGCAAAUUAAUUGCCCAAAAUUUUGAGUAUUGACUGCAGUAACUGUGUUGAAAAAAAUCUUUUUGAUUGUGAAGCAAGCCCAGGUGGAGGAAAUACAGAUCCCUCCCCCAAUUCAAAAAAGAUAAACGAAAUAAAUUUGCAAAGCAGCUAUAGUGAAUGAGUCACUGCAUACAAAAUUGGUUCAAAAACUCUUGAGAAACAAUGAGAAAGCCAGGAUAGAACAAUUACCAAUAUUGGGGAGGGGCACCACUGCGAGAGAAAUGUUGGAGGAGAUCACCGAACUACACUUGAAGGUUUUAAAAAAGCUGAAUCUGUUGUUUUGAAGAAAGAGCAGCCAGCGGGGCUCAGGUUUCCUGCUGAAAACAUUCACUCUGGCUGCUGUUUGCCGCUAAGGUUGCUGAGAAUAGUGUGGAUAGGUCCUUGAGCUAUUUCCAAUGCCUGAUUGUGCAAAAUGACCUGGAGCAAACAUGAAACGUGUGUAUCGGGAAACACACAAAGAAGAGCAGAUGGAGUUGCCACUUGGGAAUGUGGUCAGCAUACCUAUUUGUUAGUUGUUUUUCAAAGUGUUUUUCUUAGAAAUGUAGAGUUGGAAGGGACCCAAGGGUCAUCUAGUCCAACCCCCUGAAUGCAAGAAUCUCCGCUAAAGCAUCCAUUACAGGUAGCCUUCCAACCUCUGUUUAAAAACCUCCAAGGAAGGAGAGUCCACUACCUCUUGUGAGAGUCUGUUCCACUGUUGAACAUCUCUUACUGUCAGAAAGUUUUUCUUAAUGUUUAGUUGGAAUCUCCUUUCUUGUAACUUGAAGCCAUUGGUUCGAGUCCUACCCUCCAGAACAGGAGAAAACAAGCAUGCUCCCUCCUUCAUGUGACAGCCCUUAAGAUAUUUGAAGAUGGCUAUCAUAUCUCAGUCUUCUCUUUUCCAGACUAAACAUAUCCAGCUCCUUCAACUGUUCCUCAUAAGGCUUGGCUUCCAGACCCUUGAUCAUCGUGGUUGCCCUUCUCUACACACGUUCCAGCUUGUCAACAUCCUUCUUAAAUUGCAGCUCCCAGAACUGGACGCAGUGUUCCAGCUGUGGUCUGACCAAGGCAGAAUAGAGUGGUACUAUUACUUCCCUUGGGACGCGGGUGGCGCUGUGGGUUAAACCACAGAGCCUAGGACUUGCCGAUCAGAAGGUUGGUGGUUCCAGUCCCCGCAACGGGGUGAGCUCCCAUUGCUCGGUCCCUGCGCCUGCCAACCCAGCAGUUCGAAAGCACGUUAAAGUGCAAGUAGAUAAAUAGGUACCGCUCCGGCGGGAAGGUAAACAGCGUUUCUGUGCACUGCUCUGGUUCACCAGAAGCGGCUUAGUCAUGCUGGCCACAUGACCCAGAAGCUGUACGCCGGCUCCCUCAGCCAAUAAAGCGAGAUGAGCGCUGCAACCCCAGAGUUGGCCACAACUGGACCUAAUGGUCAGGGGUCCCUUUACCUUUACCUAUUGCUUCCCUUACUUCUGGACACCAUACUUCCGUUGAUGCAGCCUAGAAUAGUAUUAGCUAUUUUUGCUGCUGCAUCACACUGUUGACUCCUAUGAAGCUUGUGGUCCACCAAGACCCCUAGAUCCUUUUCACAUGUACUGCCAGUAAGCCAUCCUAUAUUUGUGCAUCUGGUUCUUCCUGCCUAAGUGCAGAACCUUACAUUUGUCCCUAUUGAAAUUCGUUUUGUUAGCUUGCACCCAGUUCUCCAACCUGAUACGGUCAUUUUGAAUUCUGAUUCUGUCUUCUGCAGCAUUUUACAUGUAGUAAGUGCAACUAGACUUGAGUAGCAUGCAAAUAUAAAUGGAAUGUUAUGUUUUAUAGUAAGCUGAUCACGCCUUUCCUGGAUGAUAUUAUUUUGCUGGCAUACUUCUUUCCUGGUUUACAGAUUGCAAGGAGAAAUGCAUAAUACUGGGGGAAAUACGAAGGCAGCCACUUUUUGUUGUCGCAGGGGUUGUGUUUCAAACAAGAGUACUAUAUAGUUCAUUGCAGGGGAUUUGCUUGGGCACAGAUAAUUUGCUGCUCAAGAUCUGUUUUGAGUUCUUCUGUAUUGCUUAGCCCAGGGGUCAGCAAACUUUUUCAGCAGCGGGCCAGUCCACUGUCCCUCAGACCUUGUGGGGAAGCCAGACUAUAAUUUGAAUUAAAAAAACGAAUUUCUAUGGCUCACAAAUAACCCAGAGAUGCAUUUUAAAUAAAAGCACACAUUGUGCUCAUGUAAAAACACCAGGCAGGCCCAACAAAUAACCCAGAGAUGCAUUUUAAAUAAAAGGACACAUUCUACUUGUGUAAAAACAUGCUGAUUCCUAGACUGUCCGUAGGCCGGAUUUAGAAGGCAAUUGGGCCGGAUCCGGCCCCCGGGCCUUAGUUUGCCUACCGAUGGCUUAGCCUAAAGAAUUAUGGGCAAAGAUUUGGUAGCAGUAAUGGACUGUCUUACUGAUCCUGGCUCAUAUGAAUUGAACUGUGACUCCACAACUCCUAGUUUGUGCAACAGACUCCUAAGGAUGUCUCCACAGAGAUUUUUCCAUGUCUGCAGCCUAUUUCGUUGGCUACAUGCUCCUGCCUAGAUUCUGCUAAUCGUCUUAAUCCUGUGUGCACUCUUCUCAUUAUCUCCCCGCUCCAGUCUCCUGCUCCUGGCUAGAUAUAUCCUUUACAUCACCUCCCACACUUUGCUGUUCCAUCCACCAUCUGCUGCCUUCGUUUGCCCAUGUACAGUUUCCGGAAUUCAUUUGUUGGCUGCAAACCUUUCAUUCCCCUUGUCAAUUUUGCUUUCAGGCUUUAUCGAGACAAGACUUGUUGACGAUAACAGCUAUGAGACAUCCUCGGUCCCUUGUCCUCUUGCUCCCACUGAGAGUACAUUUAAGAGAUGAUGUGGUUCAGGCGUGAGUAACCUUUGGCUCUCUAGCUGUUGCUGAACUGCAACUCCUAUCAGCCCUAGCAAGCAUGGCCAAUGACCAAGGAUGAUGGGACUUGUAGCUCAGCAACAUCUGGAGGGACAAAAGCUGGCCACACCUGGUGUAGGGUAAUGAUUAAGAGUGUGAGCUGUGAGCAGCCUAAGCCACAAACUCACUAGGGAUCUGAAGGCAAGAAAUUGGAAGCACUUGCACGUAAUCCUAAACCAUGAUUUAGGACUAUGUAGGUACCUUCUGUUAGUCCAAGCAACACAUUAGGCUUGUAUGGUCUCCCAUCCCCUCUCAUUUUCUUGCAUGGCCAGGCAGAGGACUUCUGCUGAAUUUGGUACUGCUUUUGAAGAAGUCUCAGCUUAUCCUUGCAUGCCAACUGGGCAAUUGUGGUUUACAAUAAGCAAUGGCUAAUUGCUAAACAAGCCAACUUCAAACCAUGGGUUAUGAAACUAGCAUUGUAAACUGCAACCCCCAGUUUAUAGGUAGUGCUAAACUGUGAGCCCCUUGGAAGGUGGAAAUAAAUUCAACACAAGUCCUGGCCGCAUGGGGAAAAGGAAGGGGGGAAUGUGUGAACUCUGUUUUUCCUUGUGGCUUGUGGAGUUUUAUUCUCAUACGUUGCUGAACCAUGGUUUAACAUUCAAUGGAAAUUGGGCCUGUCUUACUUGUUUUUCUCUACAAUGUGGCGAUAAUAAUAGGGACCACGAUUAGUAUAAAUAUUACUGAGAUAAUGUAUGUAGAACAUUCUGAUGUGCUUAUUAUUACUAAGUAUACAUGUGUAAAUAUAUGUAUGUAUUAGUAAAUUCUACUACAGAAUAUUAUUUGAACAAUGAAAGGAACAGUUUCUCCUGGCUUUUUAAAAAUAUGGGAAUAGUUAGGCUGACAUUCAGGUGCCUUUUCAGUAUUAUUUAUUUAUAUCCCCCUCCCCCCAAAAUGCUCCCCCCUUUUUAUCCUCUCAACAAUUAUGUGAGGUAGGAUAGACUAUUAUAGAAAAUUAUAAAUGAUUAUGACUAUGGGGGGGGGUUGAAUUUGUUUUUAUUAUUGUUGUUUGUGUUUUUGUGUUUUCUAUAUUGUAAAGCACCCUGUGAUCUUCGGAUGAAGGGCAUCAUCAUCAUAAUGAUAAUAAUAGGACUAUGACUGGUCCAAGGUCAACCCAGUGUGCUUCAUGGCUGAGCAGUGAUUUGAACCCUAAUCUCCCAUGUCAUAGACUAACCACUACACCACAUUGCCACUGUAGUACAAAAUUACUUUCUAAAAUCCAGAACUCCAAAUGAUUGUACAGUGGUAUCUUGGGUUACAUACACUUCAGGUUACAUACGCUUCAGGUUACAGACUCCGCUAACCCAGAAAUAUUACGUUGGAUUAAGAACUUUGCUUCAGGAUGAGAACAGAAAUCGUGCUCCAGCAGCGCAGCAGCAGCGGGAAGCAGUGGUGCUUCAGGUUAAGAACAGUUUCAGGUUAAGAACGGACCUCCGGAACGAAUUAAGUACUUAACCUGAGAUACCACUGUGUUUGUUACUUGCCCCAUUGCAGUUCUGUCUUUAAAGCUAGCGCACAUUAAUUACAAUGUGACAUGGGUAAGCAGCUCACAGUGAUAGGAAUAUCUUAAGCAGAAUCUGGAUCAAUUAUAAUGCAUUCAGGUCAGCUAUCCUGAAGGGUGUACAGCCCUGUUUAAAAUAUUCCUAGAGGAAAUAUUAAAGAUAGAAAUUUCCUAUUUAAGGUGCUUAUUAUUGCUUUGCCCAAAGGUGCUGUUAUACACAAUGGUGAGAUGAACUGGAAGACUUCACUGCUUUGUAAAAUGAAAUCGUUUGAAGGUACCAGGUGCGUUUCCAUUCCUUUUCUGAAGCAAAGCCCAAUUUGGGCUUGGCCCAGACACGGAUGGGAAACUUGUCUCAGAACCCCUAUAAAUUUCUCUGGCCUCCUUGGAAAGGUGGUUGGAUGCAAGCAUAUAUAAAUGAGUACAACACUGUUCCUUUUUGUGCGUAAAAUGAAGCUGUAUUAUUAAUAUAAAGUAUGUCACAAGUGUGGGGAGUUAUUUGCCAUACUAUAUUUGUAUAAGGGCUGUAACUGACGCCAGAAGGCAGGCCUGCAAUUCUUAAACGUGCUUGUUUUUCUGAGGGCAGUUAGUCCAGUGACUUGUAACUUUUGAUCUGUACUCACAGCUGAGGGAUUUCUUUACACCCAGCUUGACAGAAUUAUUCUCCUUGAAUCCUGGGAGGAUUUGUAAACAGCACAGGGGUUUUUUGUUUUGUUUUGCUUUUUUCUGCACAUACCCUAGAUUUUUCUUGGAAGCAACAGGAAGGGAAUGACUAGAACCUAGUCACUUCUAAAUUAGUGCCUGCGGUACUGAAAUAGUUGGCAUAUUGGGUGGUACUUUUUAUAAAUGUAAUGUCAGCCAAAUGAAUGUUUGGCUAACGCGUGCGUGUGGUAAAAUUAGCAAAAUGCAUCACUGAUGCUAAUGAAGGGAAUAACCUCAUUGCCGCAGUUCAUUGAAAGUGCCAUCCGGACAGAUUACUUGCCCUGAACAUUGAGGUCAAGGAGUUGCUAUUGAAAGCGUGUGAGACUGUGUGUGUGUGUGUGUGUGACAGAGAGAGAGAGAGACAGACAGACAGACAGACAGAUGGGUCUGGCAGAUGGAUCUCCAUCAGCUCUACUUGAAAGGUCAGCAACAUUUCCUUAAAAUGUUUUAAUUCCAGCUGAUCAUUAUAAGGAUUCUGUAAUGGUGCCUUUUUCUUUCUCCUCCCUCCUAAUCCAAUUUCCUUUUGUGUUGUAUCCUUAAACCUUAGUAUAUGACUGCCUCAUCACUGACAUUGGUAAGCUACUCUGAGAAUAUUUUUUUCAUUGAAGAGCGGAAUAACAAUGCUUUUAAUUAAUAAAUGGCUUCUAUUUGUGAUACGGUACUAUUACAGUCUUAACAGCUGAGCACAUGCAGAAUGUCUCUAGAUGAGAACAAGUAGGACAUCGAUAAGACCUAUAAAAAUGACUGCUUUUAAUAGUACUUCAUUAUAUCUGAGACUUCAAAAAAAGAAAGUGUAUCAGAAAUUGCUGUUUUAUUUCAAAAGCUCACACACACAAAAUACCUUAUGUGCUCCUUGCUUGAGCUUCAUUUUAUGCAUAUCUUACUUAACUGGAAAAACUACCGUAAAUCUGGCAUUGUUGUCUUACAUCCACUUAUAGGACUUAGCAACAAAACUGGCUUUUCAACUUGCGUGUAGUGAAAGAGUCGUAUGAAAAUGUCUCCCCCUUCCCUCCCCCACUCUGGGAAAUUUGCAAAUUUGCUCGGGUGCCUACUAAGUUUUCUAAAAAAUAUGUUUUAACCUGUGGUUACAAGAUCAUUCACACUAAAACAUUUAAGCACCUCUCAGUAACUAGCACGAUUUUUAUCGCCGUGUUUCUCUAUUGUGGCAAAUAUAUUCAAUUGUGUGCAAGUGGAAACAUUUCGUAUUUUCUAAAGGGCUUCUAACUUGAGGCAACUAGAUUCCUUUGACUCAUAACUCCCUUACAGAAUAAGCACUAACGCUGGACCAGUUCAGAGCAAAUAGCAUGUUUUGUGCUAGUUCAGCUUUAUUGCUGUGUCUGAAUUCACCUUGUGUUUACACUAGAGCCAUGAAGUUCAGAGUACGAAAGAAGGCUCUCCGUAAUGGAGUGGAGGUUAUUUUUAGGGUGGGGGAGUCAUGUUUUGUGUGUACGGCGGGUUGGUUAGCCAGGAAGCAAACUGCUGACACAUAUUCCCUCCAUCCCAAGCUGCCACAGUCCAAACAGAAGAACCCAACUGGCAUCAAAGACGGCUGUUGGAUUAUGUAAUGUUUGCUUUCCCAUAUGGAAUGAUCAAACAUGUUUUUGAGGUGUACAUACUGCUUAGAACACUAUGAUAGAAAGGGAGGAUAGGAAUUAAAUGAAUAAAAAUGUUGAGGGCAGAGGGGCACAUUUGUAGUUUCUCAUUUGCCUUCGUUUUGCAGCUCGACAUAGUGAAGCAGAUUCAGCCACAAGGCAGAGGUUGGGAGAGGGGAAAAUUGGGGCAUAUGUAAGCCCGAACCUCCUGACUGCUGAAUAUACCUUCAACUCUGUCCAUUCAAUGUGCAUCUUCAAAACAUGAGGGGAUUACUAAAGUCUAGGCUUAAUUUAUACUAGGCUUGCCACAAGGAAAACUGGAAGGAAUGGUUUCUUUGGCUGUGUUGGGACCAAGUCAGUAAUAUAAAAAUAUAUAUACUUUUGUUUAAACAGUUUUACAGGCUCACGAGAACUUUCUAAGUGAUUUCCAUCCAGGGAACUACAGGACGAAGUUUUGUUUGUUUAUUUUGAUUUAUUUAUAAGUAUGAACCACCAACUCAUUAAAAAAAAUGGCUGUGAACUUAAAGGAAACCAUAAUUUCAGAGUGGUGGAAAACAUUUCACACUAGUAGAACAUCCAAGAACAUAGGAAGAGCCUGGUGGAGUUUGGAUUUGAUAUCCCGCUUUAUCACUACCUGAAGGAGUCUCAAAGCGGUUAACAAUCUCCUUUCCUUUCCUCCCCCACAACAAACACCCUGUGAGGUGAGUGGGGCUGAGAGACUUCAGAGAAGUGUGACUAACCCAAGAUCACCCAGCAGCUGCAUGUGGAGGAGCGGAGACGCGAACCCGGUUCCCAAGAUUACGAGUCUACCGCUCUUAACCACUACACCACACUGGCUCUCAGAUCAGAUCAAUGGCCUGUUUUCAUGGUGGACAACCAGAUGCCUCUGGGAAACCAGGGAGCAGGACAUGAGGACAAUAGCACUCUCCCCUCCUGUGGUUUUCAGCAACUGGUGUUCAGCAGCAUUGCUGGCCUCCAACUGUGGUGGCAGAGCAUAGCUUUUACAGCUAGCAGCCACUGAUAGUCCUGUCCUCCAUGAAUUUGUCUAAUCCUGUUUCCAAGCUUGUCCAAGUUGGUCACUGCCUCCUGGGGAGAAGCGAGCUCCAUAGUUUGAUCAUGCGCUGCAUGAAGCAGUGCUUUCUUUUAUCCUAAAUCUCUCAACAUUCAGCUUCAAUUGGAUUUCCACAAGCACUAGAGUUAGGAAAGAGGGAGAAGAACUUUUCUGUCCAUUUGCUCCAUGCCGUGCGUGCCAUGUGCUGAUUUGUUUCUAGAGCACCGAAACAUAGUUUUAUUAUUUCUAAGGUGCCUGAUAUUGCUAAUCUAGAACCGUAGAGUUGGAAGGGACCCCGGGGUUCAUCUAAUCCGACCCCCUGAUAGCAAAAACUUCAUUGCUUUGGGGCCAAAUACUCAGCCCAGUUUUGGUUAACGUACUUCAAACCUUUAGGUUAACUGCGGGUUAUGCAGCAGGAUUUUAAAAAAUGUUAUUUUUCAUGCAAGUACUUAUAGAAAGGUGACGCCCUCUUAGAAAAGGUCACCCUGCAGUGUCUGUUGCAACAUGUUAAUGAUUCUGAAACAGGGGGAAGCCCACAGCUUAGCAGCAGAGCAUCAGAUUUGCCAGCAGAAGGUCUAAGGUUUGGUCCCUGGUGUCUCUAGACCUACGAAAAACUCCUGUCUGAAACCCUGGAGACAAUACUAAAUACUAAAUGGACCACCAUUCUGACUCAGUAUAAGGCAACUUCCUAUGUUCCUAAAGUAGGGCGUUUGUUUUUUCUUCAAAGCCAGAGUUCUGUAGUUUCAUCAAUGAUUUAAUCAGUAAAUGGACUGAAAUUCAUAUGGCUGUUUAGCUUCAACGGUGUUGUGCCAUCGGAUUGUUCACUUGGGCCUUCAUUUGUGUUUCUGUAUAUCUGUUUUGUCUAGGAGAUGGCUGUGAGAGCCCUAAAACAAACUGGCAGUAGAAGCAUUGAAGCAGCUUUGGAAUACAUUAGCAAGAUGGGAUACUUGGAUCCCAGAAAUGAACAAAUAGUCCGGGUAAUUAAACAGACAUCUUCGGGUAAGUGUGGGUGCUCUUUCUAUCUCAUUCCUGAGUUUUUGCCUGGUUUGAUGCUGUGUGGAAUAUGAAAGCAACUUGGUAGCUGUCUUGACCCUGUUAAGUGUGGUUUCUCAAGGGAUAAAAUAUCAUUGACCUGUGGACUGUGUGGCAAUAUAUACUUCAAGUUUCAUUCCAAUCUGCUAAAGUUUGAUGCAACCAGAUAGAAGCCUUGCAACAAUUUCAUUGCAUUUUGCUGUUGAAGGGUUUGAAAUGGGAGUUUGCAAGGAAAGAUUGAAUGUGAGAAUUUGGCCUUGUUGUCAGUACAAAAAGAAAAGAAAGUGUAUUUUACCAUAAGUGUGGAUGCACUCGUAUCCUCAUCCUGAAGAAUCAUGUAGCAUUUCACUCUUACUCCACCUUCCAUUUCCUUAUUUCUGGUUCAGUGCAAAUGCAAAGGUAAACUUAGCCAAGAAACACACUUGAAUUUACAAGGAAGAACAGUUCGACCUUUUAGUUUCAAAACUGUUUCAUCAUUUGCAUUGCAGUGUUAUAUGGAGCCAAGUUUAAGUGUUGUUUUAACCGAUGAUAGUGGGGUGUUCUUUUUUGUCCUUGUUCACAGAUCUGAAAACUUUUUGUGAGAAGUAGUCUUAGAAAUUCUAUGAAAUGAUGAAUUAAGUGUUAUGUGUGUACGCAGGAAUAAGUCUAUUCACCUGAAUGGUUUCCUAACACUACCCAACCCAUUAUCUUUCUCUCCCCACUACAGGAAAGGGUAUUAUGCCAAACAACAUAAGCCGCAGGCCAAGUUUUGAAGGGUCCAGCGAAUCUUUCCCAACCUACCACCAGGUUAGCAACCCGGGCUAUGAAGGUGCAGGCUUUGGGGCAGAAGCUGCUAACAUGCUGGGUGACGUUCCCAGGCCAUAUAUGGACUACUUGCUCUCUGCUUCUCAGUCUGCAACCAUGAACUCUCCAGUACAAAGGCCUGCCAGCUUAGGCUCCCACAACACACCUGUCAGUCACCAGCAGAAAGCCUACCCUGCAAACAUGGAUGCCCCAGUGAUCAACUACCCGGUGGCUGGCCACAGCAGCCAAGCCUUGCAGCUUGGCUCAAACAGCCCUCAUUACGGCAGGCAGCCCGUGAUGGUGCAAGGGGAGGCUCAGGCUCUCGGCUAUGGGAUUCAGAGGAGCCAUUCUUUCCAGAACAAGUUGCAGCAGGAGGGAGGGUAUCCAAGCCUUCCAAACAAAGGAACGGUUGUUCAGAAUAACUCCGGCCACGGGUUCCAGCAAGCGCCAGGCGGUCUGUAUAUGCCGCACUCCCAUCACAAGCAACCCAUCCCCUCCUCCCACCCGAUGCACGUGAUCGCCAGAGGAGGCCCAGCGUACACGAACGAAUUUUCAGACAGCCCACCGCAGGGCCUGUUGACGCCAUCCAGAAACAGUCUGAACAUGGACCUGUAUGAUAUGAACAACCCUCAAGUUCAGCAGUGGCAGACGACCUCUUCGUCGUCGUCCUCGUCGUCGUCCCGCCGUGACUCGUUGCAGAACCCAGCCCUGGAAGCAUCGGUCCGGCAACACGUGCCCUUCAGGCCUGAGGGCUGCGUCCCAAGCAGAACCAAUUCUUUCAACAGCCACCAGCAACAGAUGCCGAUAUCCAUGAGGCAGACUUCUCCAGGCAAAGCUGAGGCGUCCAUUACUUCUCCAAACACCAUCACGGCCGUCACAUCUGCUCAUAUUCUACAGCCAGUGAAGAGCACAAGGGUGAUGAGGCCUGAGCCUCAGACUGCAGUAGGCCCCGCUCAUCCUGGCUGGCUGGCUGCGCAGUCUUCGGCUGUGGAUGGCUUAGGAAUGGCCGAACAGCACCCCCUUCCUGUUGGAGGAGCUAAUGCCUACCAGCUAGAUGUGGACUAUAGCAAUCAGGAGCUGAGGUGCCCUCCGCCUCCUUAUCCGAAGCAUUUGCUGCUGCCCAGUAGUUCUGAGCAGUUUGAUAUGAACUGCUUACGUACAGGGAUCGAGCAGACCCUUCGGGGAGUCCCCAGCUCAUCAGGAAACAAAGCUGAGGAGAAUGGGGAAAGGAACGACAAAAUCAAGUCGGCCAAAGCGGAAAAGCCAGGCAAGGAUAAGAAACAGAUCCAGACGUCCCCAGUGCCGGUGCGGAAGAACGGCAGAGACGAAGAGAAAAGAGAGUCACGUAUUAAAAGCUACUCGCCGUUUGCCUUUAAAUUCUACAUGGAGCAGCAUGUGGAGAACGUCAUAAAGACCUACCAGCAGAAAAUUAAUCGCCGGCUGCAGCUGGAGCAAGAAAUGGCCAAGGUAACUUGUGUGUUUGUGCUUUUCUUUUUCUUGAAAGGUAAUAAGACUGGGAUAAUGUAGCAGACCUCUGUAUUCAACACAGCAUAGAUAUGCAAGUCUCUCACACUUCCUGAUACAUCACAAUUUCAUCCAACCCCCUACAGAGAUAUUUUCUGACAUUCAUGACCAUUGAUUUAGUGCUGGGUGUCAUUUGUGCUUCUUCCCCACCCAGUUCCCCCCCCCCAAUACAGAGGAAGGAGCAGAAAGCCAAGCCCCAUUGCCCCUGAUAUAAAGGGGAAUAGACAAACAACACAUGGAAGAUAAGGCUGUCAAUGACUCAUAGAAUUGGUAGACUCCUCUUCAUGUUGGCUCUAUGGAAGCUGUGUUAUCAAAGGCAGCAGACCUCUAAAUUCCUGUGGUUGGAGUAUAGCAGUGGGAGAGGGCUGUUUGUAAUAUUCUGCUUGGAGGCUUCCCAUAGGCAUCUGGUUGGCCAGUGUUGAAACUAGGAUGCUAGAAUUCUUAUGCCUUUGGCUUGAUUCCUCUUAUGAGAGUGGUGGAGCAAGAAGGGUAUGAGGGGUGUGGUCCGCCCUGGGUGUCAUCACUGAAGGAGGAUGACAAAAUAAUUUUUUAAAAAAAAUUGGGCUCACGAAACUUUUUAGGAGCUCCACAUGCAGCUGCUGGGUGACCUUGGGCUAGUCAUACUUCUUUGAAGUCUCUCAGCCCCACUCACCUCACGGAGCGUUUGUUGUGGGGGAGGAAGGGAAAGGAGAAUGUUAGCUGCUUUGAGACUCCUUCGGGUAGUGAUAAAGUGGGAUAUCAAAUCCAAACAUGGUGCUUAGGUUCCAAACAUGGUGCUUAGGUUCCACGCUGCCUGAAAUGGCAGCGUGCGCCUUGCGUCUGCCUACUGCCUCUCCCUCAGCUGCCCUGCAGCUGAGGGGAAGGCGGUGAAGAGGCUUCACGCGUCGACGAGGCUCACCCCGUCCCCAUGGGCUUGCCCCGCCCCCGGUUGCAGGAUACCCCCCCGCACCAGGCACCUGAGCGGCUAGCUACGCCAUUGCUUAUGGGUCCUCUUAUGGUUUAAUGACCAGUGGUAUCCCUUUGACUUACAAAUUUUUAUCAGGGAUUUCCCUCAGAUUUUUCAAGGUUACCUUCCUCGCCAUGUGGGCUAGUGAAAUGCAAUGAGGAAUUAGAUAGUUGCGGUGAUUAUUUUUGAGCCUGAUUUUAACCUUAGAAGCAUGAAAUGAAAAUAACAAAGUAAUAGAAUGAAUGCAACCUGCAUGUACUGCUUUUAAAUAUUUAGAGGGUGAGAUGGAACAAAAACAGACUGCGCUUUCGUUGCACAUUUUUCGUAACUGAUGUGAUUGUACAGCUUUUCCGGCAAUUUUGUGUGUGUGUGUGAUGAUCCUGACUCCCUUGAUUUUUCUCUCCCCAUCUCAUAAUUUUAACCCAGGCUGGCCUUUGUGAAACAGAACAAGAGCAGAUGAGGAAAAUUCUCUACCAAAAGGAGUCCAACUACAACAGGCUCAAGAGAGCCAAAAUGGACAAAUCCAUGUUUGUAAAAAUCAAGACUCUGGGUAUCGGUGCUUUUGGGGAAGUCUGCCUUGCCUGCAAAGUGGACACCCACGCCCUGUACGCCAUGAAAACCCUGAGGAAGAAAGACGUGCUGAACCGUAACCAAGUUGCCCAUGUCAAGGCCGAAAGGGAUAUCCUUGCAGAGGCAGACAAUGAAUGGGUGGUUAAGCUCUACUACUCCUUCCAGGACAAGGAGAACCUGUAUUUUGUGAUGGACUACAUCCCCGGCGGAGACAUGAUGAGCCUGCUCAUCCGGAUGGAAGUCUUUCCAGAAAAGCUAGCUCGGUUUUACAUUGCUGAACUCACGCUGGCCAUAGAGAGCGUGCACAAAAUGGGCUUUAUCCAUAGAGACAUCAAGCCUGAUAACAUUCUGAUUGAUCUCGAUGGACACAUCAAACUGACCGACUUUGGCCUCUGCACUGGAUUCAGGUGGACGCACAACUCGAAAUAUUACCAGAAAGGUACUGGGCUUGGGGGCAAGGAGAUAGCUUCGAAAUGUGCCGUAGUUGUUGUUACUAUGACUUCAGCAUAUGUAGGUAUCCUCCCCUUCCCAGAGUGGCUUAUAGCACAAACUCAAAAAUACAAUAAACACAUUAAAAAAACACAUGAGAAAGGUGGGGGUUGAGGAGGUGUUUGAAGAAGGUGAGAGAGGUGAUGUCACCCAUUUGUUGUAAGAGGCAGCUCUAAAGAUAAGGGAGAUGGAGCAGAGGCUGGAGGAGUGACGGUCAUGGGCAGGGGAUGCAUGGGAGAUAUAAGAACAGAGAUAAGGGCAGGCAAGGCUAAGGAGAGCUUUAAAGGGGAAGACAAAGAAUUUGUACUGGACCAGGAGCAGAAAGAGAAAAAAGUGAAUGACUUUGGUGGCAGAUUUUUGGGUGGAGAUGAGAGGGCGAAGGUGUGACUGUGUAAAAUCAGAGAGAUGGUAGCAGUAGCCAACGCCAGCCUAUUUACAAACACAGGUGUUUUAAAUAAAUGCACAAUAGACAUAUGAUCCACAUAACAUAUAGGGCUCCUCCAGACAACCUGUUCAUUGGGCAUUCAUUUUAGAAUACAGGUGGUAUUCAGCUAAAUAUUCCCAUCAGUGCAAAUAUUACUGCUAGCACAAUGGGAUUUUCCCACCCGCCUCCUCCUUCCCUCACACUUGUCCUACCCUGCAAAACCUGCACUGAAAAAUUGAGCCAGCAGAACACAAUUUGGGGCACAUGGAGGGAGGAGAGGAGAGGAAAUGUUUUGUUGCACAAGGAGAAAAUCCUGCACUGACAGAACCAGUGACUUAGUGCUACAUGGAAUACAACACUGUCCAGUCUCUACUGAGCAUUCAUUCCAGUUUGUUUGUGAGGAUGUUAAACGGCAAUGAUCAUUCAUCCUGAUUUACUUGGAUGGUGGUCUUCCCGUUUUUCAGAUGUUCAUCCCACACUUUUCACUACGUUUCCCUGUUCUUUUUUAAAUUGCAAAGAGUCUAGUUUGUUGUUGUUUUAAGUGGAUUUGUUGCGUCAGGGCAACAGAACACUAUAGUCUGCUUUAAUUGAAGAAAAAUACUGACAACUCGGAGGUGAAUGUAGUCACCGUUUGCGGCUGCUUCUGAGACCCCAGAGCCACAAACAUUUUUAUCUUUGAGUAAGCAGCUACCUUUUGUCUCCUGAACCUAUUGCAACCCAAAUUAAAUUGCAAAGCUUGCAGUUCAGAGGAAAGCAUAGUGAAUCGUGCUUGUUUUGUUUCUUGGGAGAGCUUUUGUUGAUCUUUCCAUGUAAUUUCCCAUUUCACCCCCCCCCAUCUUUUGAAAGGGAGCCACAUCAGGCAGGACAGCAUGGAGCCAAGCGACCUUUGGGAUGAUGUGUCCAACUGUAGAUGUGGAGACAGGUUGAAGACCUUGGAGCAGAGAGCUAAAAAGCAACAUCAGAGAUGUUUAGCCCAUUCAUUAGUUGGAACGCCCAAUUAUAUUGCACCUGAAGUUCUCCUUCGUAAAGGUAGGUGGUUUAUAUUUUUAAAAUGUUUCUAGCUCACCCUUUAUCACAAGCGCUCAGUAUUCCAUACUGCAGUACACUCAAACCUCGGAUCCCAAACGCCUCCGUUUUGAAACAUUUCGGCUCCCGAACGACAAAAACCCAGAAGUAAAUGCUACGGUUUUCUAAUGUUUUUCAGAAGCCUAAUGUCCGACAUGGCUUCCGCUUGAGUGCAGGAACUCCUGCAACCAAUCGGAAGCUGUACUUUGGUUGUCGAACAUUUCGGAAGCCGAACGGACUUCCAGAACGGAUUACAUUCGACAACCAAGGUUUGACUGUAUAUGCAUUUUAUACAAAAAGUUCAGGCAUCUCAGUACAGAAUUCCAUAUUCUCUGAGGCUUGCUAUAAUCUUCAUAGUGCAAUGAAUAAAAUACUCUGAGCACUUUUGAAUAUCCACUUUGCUUUCAGAGGCAGGAUCAAGGUCAGCCAUCACAAGGCACAUAAAGCAGAUUUUUCAAUAGUUUAGGUUUUUGGCCACAGUUCAUUCUUCUGAGAUGAAGUUACGAACCUAUAAGUGGCAAGGUUAUUGAUAAAAUUGAAAAUAAAAUCUGACUUGCAUCCUUGAAAACACAGCAGAUAACACAUUGUUUUCCUGAUUGCCUUUCAGGAUACACUCAGCUAUGUGACUGGUGGAGUGUUGGUGUGAUUCUCUUUGAGAUGUUGGUUGGGCAGCCUCCGUUUCUGGCUGCCUCUCCCACAGAAACCCAGCUGAAGGUAAAUUCACUCCCAAUUAAUAUUGUUAAAAAUUAAUGGUGUUGCUCUGUGGGGGUCCCCCCUUUUUUUCUCAAUUUUUCUUCAAAUAAUAAAUCAAUCCUGGAUUUUUUUGUUAGGCAACAAUCCAAUUUGGGUAAGGCAUGGGUGUUAUUAUUUAUUUGUGUAUAUUCUACAUAUAUAUAUUUAAGGCAGUUUACAGACAUAUCCUCAAAAUCAUCUAAAACUAAUUUUAAGAAUAAUAUAACAACCAAGGAUAGGUUUAAAAACAACAUGGAAUGAACACCUAAGCCAGGCCUACCCAAACUUGGCCUUCCAGAUGUUUUGGGACUACAACUCCCAUCAUCCCUAGCUAACAGGACCAGGGGUCAGGGAUGGUGGGAAUUGUAGUCCCAAAACAGCUGGAGGGCUGAGUUUAGGGAGGCUUGACCUAAGCAAAGGCCUUUAUAUAGAAUCGUAGAAUCACAGAGUUGGAAGGGACCACGAGGGUCAUCUACUCCUGCCUCCUGCAAUGCAGAAAUAUUUUGUUCCACAUGGGGCUCAAACCUGUGAUCCUGAGAUUAAGAGUCUCAUGCUUUCCUGACUGAGCUGUCCACAACAUGAGAUGAGCUUGCUGGUUCGGGCCAAUGGCCCAUCUAGUACUAAUUAUCUUUUGUACAAAAUGAGGCCAUGGACUGCUCUAGACAAUAAGCAUGUUUAUUAAGCAUUCAUCCUGAUUUGCUUUCACAAAGCUUUCCAGGAGGUUAGAAUGUGCCCAGUCUUUAUUGUGCAUUUGAUUUAUUUAAAUCCUUUCUGUACCAGUUUAUAUGUCAACAAAAAUCUUAAACCCUAUUUUAAAGACAUCAAAUAGAACAUUCCAAAGUAUCAAAACCAAAACGUUACAGGUUAACUUCAUGCUGCUUUAAACAUGUACUUUGCACUUGAUUUAAAUAUUAUCUUACACAUAAAGAUAUUACUAAUAAAAAUCACAGAAAUACAACUCUUCAUACUCGGCAUAGUUGGCAGCUGAACAAAAUAACUGAAAUAUACCCUUAGCGAUCUUCCACAUACAGGCCUCGUAUGUGUGGUGUGGUGUGAGCCAGUGUGGUGUAGUGGUUAAAAGCGGUAGAUUCAUAAUCUGGGGAACCGGGUUCGCGUCUCCGCUCCUCCACAUGCAGCUGCUGGGUGACCUUGGGCUAGUCACACUUCUUUGAAGUCUCUCAGCCCCACUCACCUCACAGAGUGUUUGUUGUGGGGGAGGAAGGGAAAGGAGAAUGUUAGCCGCUUUGAGACUCCUUCAAGUAGUGAUAAAGCAGGAUAUCAAAUCCAAACUCCUUCUUCUUCUUCUUCUCAGGCAUCCCUACAGAUAACACAGCUAAUCCCUAAUGAAACGUUUUUCACAAAGAGAACUUCCGGCUUCCCCCAAAAAAGUAAUCUAGCAGCAUUAAGCACAACUUAAACCAAUUCAUUCACCCACCUCCACCUAGGGUAAUACACUAUUAUACAAACAGUACUGGAGUGGCGUCCCUAAGACGUUUGGGUGGCUCCUUGUAUGCCUUCUUCUGAUAACUCCUGCAGCCAAGCUGGUGCCAAAAGUAUUGCUCUGCUUUCCUUUGGACCACGCCAGCGAGGCUGAGAGAGGGACACCCCAGGACCACCAUACACACUGCCCAGGCUGGCGCGCCGGGGAGGUUGCUUCAGUGCCACAAACCCAGUGGUUUGCCUUCACUCCAUUAGCUUUUGAGUUGGAUGGAUGCCCACAGCAUUACUCCCUUCCUAUCUCCCAAUCAGGUAUGGCUAUACUGACUUACUCUAUACCGGUUCAGUCUGGUAUUAAGCAGUCUUGAAACACACAAAAGCACAGUGCCAGUAGCCACCCAAUAAUGUAUCACUCACUUUAUUCAAAUGGAUAAUAAAUUCCCAAGGGGGUAAUUCCCUUUAGCGUCAACCACUUGUGGAUUUCCACUCUCCUCUUCCUCUGGAAUUGGCAAACAUGUCCUGGCUAGCAGGGCAACCAGGAACAGGGUGGGCAGAUAGGUGGAGGACGUUCUACAAAGAGGUUUACAUGGCAAUGAGCAUUCAACCUGAGUUACUUGCAUAGCAGUUUUCUUGUCCAUACAUUUUACCACCAUUUUCCUAACUGAAAAAGUCUGGGGUGUGUUUUUUUAGCGGAUUUGUUGUGCCAGGCAACAGAGCAAUUUAACCCAUUUUAAUUGCACAAAACUAAACUUCCAGUAUGCUCUAGAAUGCCGCCUGCAAAAUAUUGAGAGUCUGAGACUGACCAAUGACACAGUUUGAAGGAAUUUGCCAUGGGUGGAAAGGCCCUUUAUCCUUCAUAAAAUCAAAUCUAUAGGACAACAGUAAUACUAUAAAAAAGCCAUAGAUAUCCAAAAUUCCUAACAGAGCCAGUACUAAAAAUCAUUAUUAGAAUGAUUAGAUUGUAUUUCUAAUAUAAAGUUCAUUUUAGGCUUCUCUGUAAAUAACAUUGAUCACAUUUCCUUCUAAAUUAAAUGAAUUUGUUAAAUAAUUUCCUUCUUCGUAUUGCCACUCCUUAGCAUCUAACCAAGUGAUAUCCAUCUGUAGAUAUCAGCGAUUAAAGAGUUCUUGAGAGGGUGGGUGGAACCUUUGGGGAAUUUUUAGCUUGAGGAUACUUCUGGAUUGAGGCUCAGGUGGCCUCAGUGGCAUGGAAUGCCUUCCAUCAGCUUCAACUGGUGGCCCAGUUGCACCUCUAUCUGGACCAGGAUAGCCUAACUUCUGUCCUGUUUUAUGUCUAGAAGGCUUGCCUUUUAGGAGGAAUGCUAACCAUCUAUAUUAACUACUCUUCAGGUGAUAAAUUGGGAGAACACACUGCACAUCCCCUCCCAGAUCAAGCUGAGCCCCGAAGCAAGUGACCUUAUCACAAAACUCUGCUGUGCUGCCGAAGAGAGGCUGGGGAGAAAUGGAGCAGAUGACCUCAAGGUUCACCCUUUCUUUGACUCCAUGGACUUCUCCACUGAUAUCCGCAGGCAGGCAGCUCCCUAUGUCCCAAAGAUCAGCCAUCCAAUGGACACCUCAAAUUUUGAUCCCGUUGAGGAAGAAGGCCCUUGGGAUGACGCUAGUGAGGACAGCACCAGGGCAUGGGACCCGCAGACUUCCUCCAGCGGCAAACACACGGAACAUGCCUUCUAUGAGUUCACUUUCCGAAGGUUCUUUGACGACAAUGGAUACCCGUUCAGAUACCCAAAGCCUUCUGGAAUAGAAGUGAGCCAGUCAGAGAAUUCUGAUACAGAAAGCAAAGAUGGGCUGGAUCAGGCAGGAGCCUGUCAGCCCGUAUAUGUGUAA